UUGACCAGAGAGGGGCAGAGAGAGAGAGAUUUAUGUGCACCAGACAUGGUCCUGGACAAAGUACGUUCAUUAAUUCAUUCGACAACACUUCUUCAGAGCCUUCUAUCACAGGGCCCUGCGCGGGGUUAUGGGGACACAGUGAUGCAUAAAAACACGUUCAGUUCCAUGAAACUCGACGAUUACUGAUGGAGGCACACAACUAUUAAGAGCAUAUUUUCUGUAGUUUAUAGGACGCAUCAUAUCAUUUAAUCUCAAUCAAAAUCCUGUGAAAUAAAUUAUUUUCUCUGUUUUACAGAGGAGUAAACUGAAACUUGGAAGAACAUUCUCCGGAGCAGGUAACACACUGGUCAGUGGUAGAGCUGACCUGCAGGGACUCGAUGUGGACUCGGGGCCACGGCACUCUGCUGUGGUGGCCACUUAAACAACUUCGCUGUGUUUGCUCAUCUAUAUGUGAAUAUGCAUCUCACUGUUUUAAUCAGUUGUUUAUUCCUGUAGAAUGUACCCAUGUGCAUGUGAGAGAGAAAGAGAGGGGGAGAGAGCUAGGCUGAGAGAGAUGGCACACCUUCCGCAGGGUCCGUCAGGCCGCGACCCCGUUCCUCUAGCUCCCGGCGGCUGGGUCCUGGGCAUUGUGCGUUUUGGGCUUACUGGGCUGGGGAUUUGAACCUCCGUCACCACGUGGGAUCUAGCUUCUUUUAAGGAAUGCGUUGCCACCGUGCCGCAGAGCACGUUUCCCCCAUCUUUUCCCAGGAGGGCUCAGGGGUGUCAUGCAAAUUGCUUUUAGGAACCACAACCCCGCAUUGCUCCCUUGACAAUCGCUUUCACGUGGUCAUGACCGGGGCCUCUGGGAUUGGCAUGUGGCCCUGUCUGUGGAGCAGAGCAAGCAGACGAAACCCAGAGACAGAAUUUAGGUUAAGCCAGGGUUAGGCUGAGGCAGGCUACUUCGUAGACCAAGAAGAGGAGCAAGAGAGAACAUAGAACACUAAUGCUAGGGUUUUACGCCGUCGCGUAUUCUCAAAGCUGUUUCUACGUUACUGCAUCCGACCCUAAUCGCAGCGCUUUCAGGGAGAUGAAGUGUCGUUUCUGCUUUUAGACAGUGAACUGUCAACGACAGGUGACUGAGAGGCGGCCGAAGGUACAGACGCACAGGCAGGCUCUGGCUCUAACCCAUGAGAUCCCAAGUCCGGGUUCCCACUCUGAAGAAGAGAGGAGUCAGGACAGAAGACGGGGAGGAAUGGCAGUGAGCAGCAAAACACACGGCGAACACAUCGUGUAGGAGUACUUAGCGGUCCUGUGGGUCCUGUCACAAUCCAUGUUCUUCCUAAGAGGCACUGAAUUUUCUCCUAUUUGGACAGGCCGAAGGUAUGGGGGGCUUCAACACCAGUCUUGGGGACGGCUUCCUUUUGGUGGGCUUCUCAGAUUGGCCUCAGCUGGAGCUCACGCUUUUUGUCUUUAUUUUGACUUUCUACUUCCUAACACUCAUUGGCAACACCACCCUCAUCGCUCUCUCCCGCCUGGACGUCCAACUGCACACACCCAUGUACUUCUUCCUCUGCCACCUCUCCUUCCUGGACCUCACGUUCACCACCAGCUCCGUGCCCCAGCUGCUGAUCAACCUCCAUGGCCUCGACCACACCAUCUCCUACGGGGGGUGUGUGGCCCAGCUGUUCUUCUGGCUGGGCCUGGGCUCCACCGAGAGCGUGCUCCUGGUGGUCAUGGCCUUUGACCGCUAUGCUGCCGUGUGCCGUCCACUGCAGUACACCGCCAUCAUGCACCCUCGCCUCUGCCAGGCCUUGGCUCUCGUCUCCUGGGCGGGAGGCUUCGCCAACUCUCUGGUCCAGACAGGCCUCAUGAUGGCCAUGCCCCUCUGCAGCCAUCGGCUGAACCACUUCUUCUGUGAAUUGCCUGUACUUCUGAAACUCUCCUGUAAAGAUGUAGAACGAACAGAGGCCAAGAUGUUCAUAUCCCGGGCCAUCAUCAUCGUCAUCCCCCCAGCCCUGAUCCUGGGCUCCUACGUGCACAUCGCCCGGGCAGUGCUGAAGGUCAGGUCGGAGGCCGGGCGUCGGAAGGCUUUCGGGACGUGCGGGUCGCACCUGCUGGUGGUCUCCCUCUUCUUCGGCUCGGCCAUGUACCCUCACCUCCAACCCAGCCACGGUUACUCCGAGAGCAAGGGGAAGUUCGUGGCCCUUUUUUAUACCGUGGUCACACCCAUGCUCAAUCCUCUGAUCUACACCCUGAGGAACAAGGAUGUGAGGGGGGCUCUGAGGAAGGUUCUAGGCAGAGGCCGAGACUCGGAGUAGGGCGGGAAGGAGGGCUGUCCAGCUUUCAUGACGGCCCCGGUUUCAGAGCCCACCCUGCCCUGUCCCAUAGUGCUCAGUAGAAAACAGACCUUGAAGGCCUCCAGGAUUGAGCGCCUUUGCGGCUGUGGCUCACAGCGGGGUCUGGAGCCGCAGGGAGCGUCUGUGUCCUGCAGGCCGAUGAGACCCCGAGACCCCGAUUCGGUCACCAGGCUCACGGCCGUUGGUGCAGGGGCUGGGUUCCCGGCAGGCUGGCGGUGAGAGGAGACGU